AUGCAUUUUAGCAGAUCCAACGUUCAACUUGCAGCACAAGUUCAUGAAGAAUAUUCUGGAAGACUUCGAAUUUAUUCAGAUAUUUUUAAAUGUUUGGAGAGAAAUAAAAAAGUUGAAUUUCGACGUUUUGUUUUGGAUGUUUUAAAUGAAUUUUUAUUAACAAGUGAAAAUCUGCACGAAUUUGUUUUUCUUGUAAAAUUGGCGUUAGUCUCUCCAGAAAUUAUUAUACCUUAUGCUGAUGAGAUUGUGCAGAUAGUUUUGGACAGUCAACUUUCCCCAAUAUUAACUUUACUCAGCCAAACACCUUCCUUUGGUUUAGCAAUGUCAAAUAAUUUACAAUUACAAAAUAUGAUUACCAGAAUUUUGGAAAGAGCAAAUACAAAUUCCCUUUUUAGAAUAAUUGAAUUUAUUGGGUCUUUUUUAAAUGUUUAA